CGCAGCCAGGCGUGGGCAGUAGACGCUGUCCCGCCGAGAGCCGAAGAUGGCAGUGAACAUAUACUCAAAGUCAGUCACCAGUGAUAACCUAAGUCAACAUGACAUGCUGGCCUGGAUCAAUGAGUCUCUGCAGUUGAAUCUGACAAAGAUCGAACAGUUGUGCUCAGGGGCUGCCUAUUGUCAGUUUAUGGACAUGCUCCUCCCUGGCUCCAUUGCCUUGAAGAAAGUGAAAUUCCAAGCUAAGCUAGAACAUGAAUACAUCCAAAACUUCAAAAUACUACAAGCAGGUUUUAAGAGGAUGGGUGUUGACAAAAUAAUUCCUGUGGACAAAUUAGUAAAAGGGAAGUUUCAGGACAAUUUUGAGUUCGUUCAGUGUUUCAAGAAAUUUUUUGAUGCAAAUGAUGAAAAAGACUAUGACCCUGUAGCUGCCAGACAAGGUCAAGAAACUGCAGUGGCUCCCUCCCUUGUUGCUCCAGCUCUGAACAAACCAAAGAAACCUAAAGGGAAGUUUCAGGACAAUUUUGAGUUCGUUCAGUGUUUCAAGAAAUUUUUUGAUGCAAACUGA